UUUUUCAUUGCCCGAGGGGGUCCUGGGAACCUCCCGAGGAGGCGGUUCCCCCUGCGGCCUCCGGCCGGUGGAGGGCGCCGAGAGCCCCCCCCCCCCCCCCCCCGCCGGGGCCGCUGCCCGCCCGGGGGCCGCGGCCUCGGCCGUGACCUCGGCGCGGAGGGCGGCCGCCGCCGCGGAGGAGAGGGCGGCGGCGCCGACGCACGCCCGGCGGCCAUGGGGGGUGGCGCGGUGGACGACGGCGCCGCCAAGCCGCCCGGGAGGACGAUGUGCCUACGCCGGCUGGCAAGACGUAUUCUGCGUUGGGCAGCUGGUUGUGCAGAUCGAUGUUUUGAGACGGUUGACGUGUGCAUGAAGAUCAUCGGCCCUUUCUUUGUGCUGCUCGCACUGGUGCUGUUUGGCUUCGAGUCGUACGGCUUCUUCUUCAUGCUACUCCCUAUGCUUCUGGAGUCUGGCGAGGUCGGCCAUGCGUGGGUGUGCAUGCUGGGCUCGUCGGGGGCGUUUCUGCUGGUGAACCUGCUCUACAACUACGCGAUGGCGAUCUGCACCGACCCCGGGCUGCCGCCGGAGCACACGGAGGCGGACGACCCAGACGUCGUGGAGCUGGGUAGGGAGCCUGUCAGGCUGUGCAAGAAGUGCUUCCGGGAGAAGCCGCCGCGGGCGCACCACUGCAGUGUCUGCAAGCGCUGUGUGCUGAAGAUGGACCACCACUGCCCGUGGAUCAACAACUGUGUUGGAUAUCGCAACUAUAGGUAUUUCUGCUUGUUUAUGCUGUACUUGGCCGGCUGCUGCCUGUUCCUGGCCUGCGUGUUCCUCGAUGCCUUCCUGGACACGGCCUUUCACCCCAGGAGAGAAGUAGAUUCAGCUUCUACGUGCGGCAGUGCUUUUCUUUGGGCUGGAUGCUGGCGGUGUGCAUCUUGGUUGCCUUGAGCCUCCUCGGGGGCUUCCAUUGCUUUCUGGUCUUCACGAACCAGACCACGAUCGAGUUUCACAGCAACAUGGGCAGCAAGUCUCGCGCGAAGCGCAGUGGGCACGUUUUUAGGAGUCGCCAGCCAGUGGCGCUAACGAUCGACGAUUGUUCGAAUGCUUCUGCUCGGCGCGGAUGCUGUAGAUGGUAUUGCUUAUGUAUGGCUGGCGGUAGUGGUCUUGCCAGUCCCCGCAGCGGGGGGCGUCCGCGCCAUGAGCGUCAAUUUAGCCAUUGGCGCUCCCGUGUAUUCGGCUGUGCGGCUGCUCUUUUUGUUCUUUUUAUUUUACGGCUGCUUUUCUGGGCUGCUGAGGGAAUGGCUGAAGCUAGUAGUGCUACUCGUGUGGCGCUCGAUCGCAGGGUCGGCUCAGCCUGGGCAUUCGAAAACCAUUCGGUGUUCGUUCUGGCAGAUCGCGUAAUCGUGAUCGCCAUCAAGAAGGCAUGGUCAGAUUGAUCGGGGCAAGGUGUGAGUGGCGACGCAAUCAAUUCUCGCUUGCACGUCCAUCAUUUUCAGUAUCCAGAGGAGCAUAAACGGGCCUCCAGCUAGCCAACAUAUUUGAACUCAGCUCUUUGUCCUGUGUACGCUUGUUGACGUCAAAGCUAGCCAUUUACAUCUGAAACAUGAGCGAUGCGCGUAGCUUUAAAGGUAUCGCUUGGUGUGUUCUUAUUUGAUCCUUUUGCAACUCAGGAAAACCGUCGUCUACCGCGAGUUGUGUUGCGUUAGCAUGACUGCGUACAUGAAUUGCGUUGACACUUCCGAUCUUACGCCCAAUAUCAUCCUUGUACCGAUGCGCUAAGGUGUUUGUCUGUAUGUGCAUGAUCAUGUUGCGUAGUCCACCAGCAGAGUGCACUGGCACAGUUGUCACUGAAAGUUGCAUGUGGAGUCUCACUGUGUGCAAUUGUGCUUCAUUUCUUGGUAUCCCUGGACACUGUGCAGUCCACAUGUUCGCAGAACCUCGCUGUGGCUAUUGUUGUCACCACAGUGGUUGUGACAAUUAGGUGCUGCGCUGUUCCGGUAUGAGACUGCCCUUCUCUUCUUGUGCCUCGGUGACGGGGAUGAGUGUGAGCCGAGGAACCCAUACGACCUUGGCCGAAUACGAAAUUUCCAGCAGGUGUGGACCAACAUGUUGACUUUCUUGUUGCGCCCUGAUUUCAUCUCUUCUCUGCCCUCGCCCAUCGCUGUGGUAUGGGUGGUCAGGAUGUGGAGUGUGGAGGAGGCCCGAGGAGGAGGAUGAGGAUGAGGAUGAGGAGGAGGAUCGUCCUGGCGCUGCGCCAGCUUGCAUCAUGAGACUCUGUCGGCAAACCAUCACGCAGCUUGUCUCCGUGACCAGCACAGCAUGUGUUGCUUCUAUCUGUGAUUCCAAUGGGUUGACCACCGAUAGGUCUUCGGUCCCAAUCCGCUCUGCAAGCUCUCGUGGGCCAUGCCGUACUUGGCAAGGCCCCCUGCUGGCGACGGCAUGUCGUUCCCGACGCUCUCGGACUUCAACAUCUGAUGGGGGGUUGCUGGAAGUUCGUCCCCACCUCACCACGCACACACCCAUCCCUCCCCGAGA